AUGUCUUCACGAAUUCCUUUACAAAUAAUUUCAACUAAUACACCUGAUUAUACAUCGUCAACAAUGUAUGAGCCCUAUUAUAAUUGUUGUCAUUAUGAAAAUCAAUCGGUAUCUAUGGAAAAUUCUUAUCAAACACCUUAUAUGAAUUUUGAUUCGAUGUCAAUGUCAACAUCAAUAGAAUCGAAUAAUUUUAAAAAGAAAUCAACAACACGUCGAUCAAAACAUAUUCCACAUCAUCUUCGGCCACAACACGUUGUUGAACGACGUAACAGACGUGAACGAUUACGUGUACAAGAUGUUAAUCAAGCAUUUUAUAUGCUUCAACAACUUUUACCUUUGGAUUUACAUUCAACAACAACACAUAAUAAUAAUAAUAAUAAUAAUGAUGAUGAUGAUGAUGAACAACAACAACAAUUAAAUAUAAUACAAAAUUCAUCUCGAAUAUCAAAGGUCCGAACAUUACGUAAAGCUGUUGAUUAUAUAGAAGCACUUCAGCAGAUGUUAAAUGAAAAUAAUUAG